AUGCAUAUUGAGGAGUUGAAGGAGGAUGCCGAUCCGGAGAUUGGGGAAUUAGGUGGUUUGGCAUGGAAGGUGGGGGCCGUGGUGGAUGGGAAUAAAAGGGCAGUUGUCGGGGUGGGUGCCCGAUUCCUGUUCUACCCCACCCUCCUGUACAACGUCGUCAGGAACAAAAUCCAGACGGAAUUUCGUUGGUGGGACAAGAUCGACGAUGUGAGUCCCUUCAACACCGUAGCCUUCUUUUUCAAUGAUCUUAAUUUCCUGUUUCAAAUUCUUUGUAUAUUCCUCUCGUGAUUUAUAUUAAUAUGCUUCGAUAUAUUCUUGAUUGUCUUUUUCUUGUUUAAAAUAUUUUGCUUCUUAGGCGGCUAUUUGAUCUAGUUUUAGUUAUCCUCCUUUGGUUUGCAGUUUUGCAAUAGACGCUAUUUUCCCGGGUUUUGAAAUGGGUUAAUUAUUUAUUAUAAUUUGAAAUAGACGCUAUCCUCCGUUGGUUUGCUGUUUUGCAAUAGACGCUAUUUUCCCGGGCUUGAAACGUUGGUAGUGUCCGUUCAUUUUAUAUUGUUCAGUGUGGUAACAUGGUGAAUAUUAAUUUAAUGUUAAUUAUUCAUUAUAAAUUUUGGGUUUUUGAUCACACACACUAUCUGCUUCAGUGGCAUUUUUAUUUAAUUAUUGAGAUUAAAUAUUGAUGUUACUUGAUCUAAUGGCUUAUGGUCAGUGCUCAGUUUUCUCUCAAUCUGUUGCCAUUUUAAUCAUCAUUUCCAAUUGUAGAUUGUGUUUACAUGAUUCUGAAUCCUUUUUCAGAGCAUGUUUUACUUAUUACACUGACUCCCAUCCUACCAGUUCCUUUUGUUAGGUGCUGUUCCGUUCCCCAAAGAUGUCCUUCGUUUAAAGCAACUUGGUGUCUGCGGAGUGAUCACCAUGAACGAGCCAUAUGAGACUCUGGUUCCCAGGUCACUUUAUCUUGUAAGUUCAUCACAAUCAUAUUAUUUGAAAUCCUACCCAAUGAGAACAUGGUUCUUCGGCGCAGGCAUCAUUUACAUUCACACUUCUGCUUCAAGUAUCUGUUUGAUGACGAUGACUGUAUAUCUGGUUAUUUUUCCUCAGGGUCAAAACAUGUCAGCUCUUAGUUUUUUAAUUUUUUAAUUUUUUUAUUUAUUGAAAGAUCUAAGUUUAGACAUUUCUCUUCUGGGGAUCUUUUUUUUAUGGUGAGGAAUGUUAGGGGUGGAUAAACAGUUGAGGGCUUAUGAUCCUGACCACAUUCCAUAUUCUGCACAUAUAUAAACGAUAUAUAUAUGCUUUUCAUUUGAAAGCUCCAUCUCAGGCAAAAACCAUUGUGCUCAUGGUUAAAGCAUCCCACUUAAAGCAUUGGAGGUGCUGCUGAUUAGAACAGAAAGACUCUCAAAUGAUGAUCGGAAAAAGCCCGACUAGAAUGCCACUAAGGAUUGAAUGUCUUUCGAAAGUGUGUUCAACUUUGUGCUGGUUUUCUUGUGUAGGCUCAUGGAAUCGAGAACUUGGUGCUCCCUACUAGGGACUACCUCUUCGCACCGUCCUUUGGAGAUAUAUGCAGAGCCGUUGACUUUAUCCACAGUGAGUAUCUCCCCAGAUGCAGCUCGUGCUUUUGUACAGUAUCAUACAGCAGCACCCUUGGAUUGCAUUUAGAAUUUUAUAUCAUCAAAAUGUUCUGGAUUACAAGAUCAGAAGCCAGGAGACGAACUGGUUUCUUAAUUUUUUUGUUGAAUUGACGUUAUAGGAAUAUUAAUGUACAUAUAUAGACAACAAUAUUCUAGUGUUCGGACCCAAGAAACAUCUCUGCUGAGAGGCUACUGAGCAUCCAGUUGACCCGCUUUCACCGAAAACCUCACCCAGAAACCAAUCAUUUGUCUGAAGUUCACCCCUUACGGUUGGUUGUGUGCCUAAUCCUUGUUCUAAGAGGUUCUUCUCCUCUCCCACAAUUCGUCGCGCGGCAGUAUAUUUGUUUCUCCGUAUACUUCUCUCGCGAAUAAUUUCUCUGGGUCACAAUCUGCUUCUGAUCGUCUGUCGGCCUCUUUGAAGAGAACGCCUCCUGUGGGAAGACGACCUACGUCCACUGUAAAGCUGGCCGCGGUCGCAGUACGACCAUUGUCCUCUGUUAUCUGGUACGCCUCCUACUUAAUCAAUCCUCUUCAGAACCAACAGAGAGAGAGAGAGAGAGAGAGAGAUGGGGAUCUUCAUGUUCUUCCUUUCCCCCCUUGGGCAGGUGGAACACCGCCAGAUGGACCCCGCCGGCGCCUACAACUACGUCAGAUUGAGACGGCCGAGGGUUCUUCUCGCAGCGUCCCAGUGGCAGGUGAGGCCCCUCUUAUUUGUAUGCCUCGUUUGUGGGUUAUGUUCGUGGAAAUUUUGAGCGAUGGAGGAUUUUGCUUGAGGUUGACUUAAUGGGGAUUUUGAAAGGAAUGAGUUUUGUGAUUCUGGUAGGCUGUUCAAGAGUUCUACUGUCGGAGAGUCUUGAAUCCGACCGUUGCGGCCGCCCGGAGGCUCCUGCCCUUGGAGGAGAGCUGCCUGAGCUCCUGGAGCGCCGCCAUCCCCUUCGAAGAGAGCUCCUUCACGAUCGUGUCGGCCGCGGAUCUCGACGGCUACGACGAAGAGGACGGCCGCCGUGAGGUAUGGGCGGCGGAGGUGAGCCUCGUUUACAGGGUGCAAUUCGCAGGUCGGGCAGCGCUCGCGGGGCUCUCCUGCUUCUGGGUCCGCCGCCGCCGUCACCUCCCCGGAGCGCCCGCGAAGGAGAGUUGCUCUCUGGCGGCAGAGCGGGCGGCCGGUGGCCACCCCUGCCUCCUCAGCGGCGUCGCCGUGGGGUUGUAA